AUGGAACGCCAGUUGUUUAUGACUGUUUCUAUCUUAUGUGUACUGAUGUACCAGGGUUUUUGUUCUGGCGUUUUCGAGUUGAAGCUGCAAGAGUUCCUAAACAAGAAAGGAGUGUUAGGCAAUGCAAACUGCUGCAGAGGAGGAACAACGUCUGGCUUCCAGCAGUGUGAAUGUAAAACAUUUUUCCGAAUCUGUUUGAAACACUACCAGGCUAAUGUGUCUCCUGAGCCCCCAUGCACAUACGGCGGCACGGUUACUCCAGUGCUCGGGUCCAACUCUUUUCAGGUUCCAGAAACAACAUCGGACAAUUCUUUCACCAAUCCAAUAAGAUUCUCCUUCGGUUUCACAUGGCCUGGGACAUUCUCUCUAAUCAUUGAAGCUCUUCACACCGAUUCUGCAGAUGAUCUUUCAACAGAAAACCCCGAACGGCUGAUAAGUCGUAUGACCACUCAGAGACACCUCACUGUGGGAGAAGAAUGGUCCCAGGACCUUCACACUGGGGGAAGAACGGAGCUCAAAUACUCCUACCGCUUUGUCUGUGAUGAGCAUUACUACGGCGACGGCUGUUCAGUGUUCUGCCGUCCACGAGACGAUGCCUUCGGUCAUUUCACCUGUGGAGAGCGUGGCGAGAUUGUCUGCAAUUCGGGAUGGAAAGGACAGUACUGCACAGAACCAAUCUGUCUCCCAGGCUGUGAUGAUGAGCAUGGGUUUUGCGACAAGCCUGGUGAAUGCAAAUGCAGAGUGGGGUUUAGAGGACGUUACUGUGAUGACUGCAUCCGCUACCCAGGAUGCUUGCAUGGAACCUGCCAGCAGCCCUGGCAGUGCAAUUGUCAGGAGGGUUGGGGUGGCCUCUUCUGCAACCAGGAUCUCAAUUACUGUACACACCACAAGCCGUGCAUGAACGGAGCCACUUGUACCAACACUGGUCAGGGGAGCUACACCUGCUCCUGCAAGCCUGGCUUCACUGGGGCCAGCUGCGAGACUGAGGUUAAUGAAUGUUCUGAAAACCCCUGCAGAAAUGGAGGCAGCUGUACUGAUCUUGAAAACACUUACACUUGUGCUUGUCCCCCUGGUUUCUAUGGCAAAAACUGCGAGCUAACUGCUAUGUCCUGUGCUGAUGGCCCAUGCUUUAAUGGUGGGCGCUGUGCUGAUAAUCCUGAUGGGGGAUACUACUGCCAGUGCCCCCUGGGCUAUGCUGGCUUCAACUGCGAGAAGAAGAUUGAUCACUGCACCUCCAGCCCGUGUUCAAACGGUGCUGUGUGUUUGGAUCUUGUCAACUCAUACCUGUGCCAGUGUCUGGAAGGAUUCUCAGGGCUGCACUGUGAAGACAACCUGGAUGAAUGCUCCAUCAACCCCUGCAAGAACGGGGGCACUUGUCAGGACGGGAUCAAUGACUACACCUGCACUUGUCCUCCAGGAUACAUUGGCAAGAACUGCAGUGCCCAUGUCAGCAAAUGCGAGCACAAUCCCUGUCACAAUGGGGCCACCUGCCAUGAGAGGAGUGGCCAUUACAUUUGCGCCUGUGUUCCAGGCUAUGGGGGUCGCAACUGCCAGUUCCUGUUGCCCGAGCAGUCCCAGGGCCAGCCAGUCUACAAUGACCCCAAGAAGUACCAGGAGGGACGUGAGAGCACCUUCCCCUGGAUGGCAGUGUGCUCUGGGAUCAUUCUGGUGCUCCUGUUGUUGGCUUGCUGCGCAGUGCUGGUGGUUUGCCUCCGUGUGAAGUUGCAGCGUCAGAGCGGGUUAGCCGAUAGCCAGAAUGAGAGCGAAACCAUGAACAACCUUACCAACAACUGCCAGCGGGAAAAGGACAGCUCAGUCAGCAUUAUAGGGGGUGCCCCGAUUAAGAACACUAACAAGAAGGUGGACUUCCACAGUGACAAUGGCAGUGGAGAAAAAAAUGGCUACAAAGUCCGCUAUUCUCCCGUGGAUUACAAUCUGGUGCAUGAGCUGAAGCAUGAGGACUUAUUGAAGGAGGAGCCAGAAGGAGGCAUAUCAAAGAUCGAGUCCAAAUAUGAAGCAAAGUGCGAAGCUGUAGACUGUGAGCUACAAGAGAAACACAGAAAAAGUUUGAAGAGUGAUGCUUCAGAAAAGAAAUGUCCAGAACUGAUGUGCAAGGACACAAAAUACCAGUCAGUGUAUGUCAUAUCUGACGAGAAAGAUGAAUGUAUAAUUGCAACUGAGGUGUGAUGAAGCUGUGCCACG